AUGGCUCAACAACCAGCAGCUGCAAAGAAGCAGCAAGACCUUCAGCUUCAGUACACCACUUACAAGAACACUCUGCAACAGAUUGCCCAGAAGAUUGGUGAUGUUGAGCAGGAGGCUGAGGAGCAUAAACUCGUCCUCGAAACCUUGGACCCUCUCCCGGCAGACCGCAAGUGCUUCCGCAUGAUCAAUGGCGUCCUGGUGGAGAGGACGGUGGAGGACGUGAUCCCCGCUUUGAAGACCAACGCCGAAGGACUGAAGAAGGUUCUGAACGACUUGGUCAAGCAGUAUCAGAACAAGCAGGAGGAGCUGGAUAAGUGGAAGAAGAAGAACAACGUCCAGGUUGUUCAGUCAUGA